AUGUUAAGUAUCUUCCUCAUAUCAUCUCCUCUCUUUGUAUUGCCAUUUGCUCUGCCUUCUUCAAAUAGAUAUGGAGGAACAACGUGGAUCAAUAACAUCCAGUCUUUAGAAUCAUGGACACCCCGAUCAGCCGACAUAGGCGAACUCACAGUCAGACCUGUUCUUCUCUCCAAGAAUAUCUUAUAUGGCGGUGAGAGCCUGCGGUUUGAAUGCGGAUUCUUCUGCUACUCCAUUCCUUGUGACACGGGCUACUCUUUUGCUGUUUUCUUUGUUAUCUACGAAACUAAUUAUACUGAUCCAGAUGAUCUGCAAGUGGUUUGGACUGCAAAUAGGAGGCGUCUAGUGAAAGAUAAUGCAACCCUUCGACUCACCUCCACUGGGGAUUUUGUGUUGAAGGACGCAGAUGGCAGUCUAGUCUGGUCUACAAAUACAUCCGCCCAAGAUUUCCAAGGAAUGGUGAUAGAAGAAACAGGGAACCUAGUACUCAUCAACAGCAACAAUGGAACCCUGUGGCAGUCUUUCGACCAUCCCACUGAUAUGCUCCUGCGCGGCCAGAAAUUGAAGGUGGGACAGAAGCUUACUGCAAACAUAUCCCCGACCAACACAAGCCAAGGGGUUGUCUAUGCAACUUUGCUUGUCAACGGUUUUGCCCUGUAUACAGCCCCUGCACCCCCUCAAAUGUAUUUUAGGUUUCCCAGCCCACCCACAACUUACAACGUAGCAUAUAUGCAGUUCGACAAUGAGUCGGUCGGUUUCUAUCCUGAAGGUUUUCCAUUCACCCCGAUUCCACAGAGUGUUCCGAUACCCCCCAAUUCCCUUUACUUACAGAUUCAUUCAAAUGGGCAUGUGUUUUUCUAUUCUUUCGAACGGGAAACUAAAAAGUCUGUUCACGACUAUUUGUCGAGCUUUACAAGUGCGCUGGGUACAUGUGACUACCCAAUUAUAUGUGGGGACUAUGGCAUCUGCACAGAUGGUCAGUGCAGCUGUCCAAAAGGGUCUAAUGAUUUUAGUCAGAUUGACGCCUCAAGACCUGAUCUGGGCUGCUUUCCAAGCAGUCCUGUUAUCUGCCCUGAGAAACACAAAAUGAACAGCACAAAAAAUUAUCAGAUUUUGGAGCAGGACCAUGUUUCCUAUUUUACUUAUGAUUGGGGAAAUGCCUCCGUUCCGGGUUUGGUCCCAAGGGAGGAAUGUAAAGCUCUCUGUCUCAAAAAUUGCUUUUGUAAAGCUGCGUUUUUCAGGUACGAUAUCUCUGACAAUUAUUCUAGUGGGUAUUGUUAUCUGGAGUCCAAUAUCUACUCUCUGAAAAUGAACACUCCUAGGUAUGGGUUUUACAAUUCCACUGCUUAUAUAAGGUUCAGAGAAACGCCAAGAACACUAAGCGCUCGGUUAUAG